GAAGAAGAAGAAGAAGAAGAGUAGUCUUCCGGUCUGUUUCGCCACUGCCAUCACUGCAGCAACACCAACGUUAUAAAUGACUAUCUCAAAACAGCAAAAGUAACUGACAAAGAAGAGGAGAGGCUGCUACACGUUUUGCAAAAAUGAAGCUCAACAUCGAUGGUCUGUUGGUGUAUUUUCCAUAUGACUACAUAUAUCCUGAGCAGUACUCCUACAUGCUGGAGCUGAAGAGGACUCUGGAUGCCAAGGGUCAUGGAGUCCUGGAGAUGCCAUCAGGAACAGGGAAGACCAUCUCUCUGCUGUCUCUCAUUGUUGCCUACCAAAAGGCAUUUCCUUUGGAAGUGACCAAGCUAAUAUACUGCUCAAGAACAGUUCCCGAGAUUGAGAAGGUCGUGGAGGAGCUGAGGAAGUUGAUGGAGUUUUAUUCCAAGCAAACUGGAGAGAGCAACAACUUCCUGGCUCUGGCCCUUUCCUCCAGAAAAAACCUCUGCAUCCACCCCGAGGUGAGCGCUCUGCGCUUCGGUAAGGAGGUUGAUGGGAAGUGCCACACUCUGACGGCGUCGUACAUUCGUGCACAACGUCACAGCGACCCCGACCUGCCAGUGUGCAGCUUCUAUGAGGAGUUUGAUGCAGUCGGCCGACAGGUGCCUCUCCCUGCUGGCGUCUACAACCUGGACGACCUGAAGGACUUUGGGAAGAGGAAAGGCUGGUGUCCUUAUUAUCUGGCCCGCUACUCGCUCCUGCAUGCCAACAUCAUUGUGUACAGCUACCACUACCUGCUGGACCCCAAGAUAGCUGACCUAGUGUCCAAAGAGCUGUCCAAGAAGUCUGUGGUGGUGUUUGACGAGGCUCAUAAUAUAGACAAUGUGUGCAUCGACUCCAUGAGCGUGAACAUCACCAGACGAAUGCUUGACCGCUGCCAGACCAAUGUGGACACUCUUCAGAGCACCAUACAGAAUAUAAAGGAGACGGACGCUGCUAAACUGAACAUGGAGUACAGUCGAUUGGUGGAGGGGCUGAAAGAAGCCAAUGUUGCCAGGGAAACGGACGUGUACCUCGCAAAUCCUGUGUUGCCAGAUGAAAUCCUUCGAGAGGCAGUCCCUGGUACUAUUCGCACAGCAGAGCACUUUGUUGGUUUCUUAAAACGUUUCCUGGAGUAUCUGAAGUCCCGUCUGAGGGUCCAACAUGUCGUACAGGAGAGCACGCCGCAGUUCCUCAAAGACAUCUUCGACAAAGUCUGCAUCGACCGCAAGCCUCUCAGGUUUUGUGCAGAGCGGUUACAGUCGUUACUACGAACUCUGGAGAUCGCAGAUGUCGCAGACUUCUCAGCUGUUACUCUCAUCUCAAACUUUGCUACCCUGGUCAGCACCUACAGCCAAGGUUUCACUAUAAUCAUUGAACCCUUUGAAGACAGAACUCCAACCAUCGCCAACCCCGUGCUGCACUUCAGCUGUAUGGACCCGUCGAUCGCCAUCAAACCUGUUUUUCAAAGAUUUCAGUCGGUCAUCAUCACCUCGGGGACUCUCUCUCCACUCGACAUCUAUCCCCGAAUCCUCGACUUCCGCCCUGUUACCAUGGCAUCCUUCACCAUGACGCUGGCACGGACCUGCCUCUGUCCUCUGAUUGUUGGCCGGGGAAAUGAUCAGGUGGCCCUGAGCUCAAAGUUUGAGACCAGAGAAGACUUUGCUGUGAUUCGUAACUAUGGCAACCUACUUUUAGAGAUGUCCGCCAUCGUUCCCGACGGCAUCGUGGCGUUUUUCACCAGCUACGUCUACAUGGAGAACAUAGUGGCGUCUUGGUAUGAACAGGGUAUCCUGGAGAAUAUCCAGAGAAACAAGCUGAUCUUCAUUGAGACUCCGGAUGCUGCAGAGACGAGCAUGGCCCUGGAGAAGUUCCAGGAGGCAUGUGAGAACGGCAGAGGAGCCAUCCUGCUGUCGGUGGCCAGAGGAAAGGUGUCUGAAGGAAUAGAUUUCGUGCACCAUUUUGGGCGGGCAGUCAUCAUGUUCGGAGUGCCUUAUGUUUACACGCAGAGCCGCAUCCUAAAGGCUCGUCUGGAGUACCUUCGGGAUCAGUUUCAGAUCAAAGAAAAUGACUUUCUGACGUUUGACGCCAUGCGUCAUGCGGCCCAGUGUGUGGGCAGAGCCAUCAGAGGCAAGACGGACUACGGACUCAUGAUUUUUGCUGACAAGCGUUAUGCCCGAGCGGACAAACGCGGGAAGCUUCCUCGCUGGAUUCAGGAGCACAUCAGUGACGGCAGUCUGAACCUCACCGUGGACGAGGCCGUGCAGCUCUCCAAGCACUUUCUGCGGCAGAUGGCUCAGCCUUUCAGACAGGAGGACCAGUUGGGUCUGUCUCUGUUGACUCUGGAGCAGCUGGAGUCGGAGGAGAUGCUGAAGAAAAUCACUCAGAUCGCUCAACAGACCUGAAAGUGGCCCAUAUACACUGCAUGUUGUCACCAUGGCAACGCCCAUGACGGGGUCAGCAGCCGUUACCAUGGCAUUGUUAAAGCCAAAGAUGUAAAACUAUUGUUUUAUAUCUGAUAGAACUGGGUCAAAUAGCAGAUGUUUAAUGUUUGGUCGAUGUGCAGAGUUUACAACAUCAGGAAAUGUGGUCACUAAACAAAAAUAAAUAAAUUCCUUCCCGCUGCUUUUCUCUGUGAUAAACAAACCAUAAGCAAUACUUAACGCUGGUUGGCCCUGCUCUCGUGGUGGUUAGUACUAAACACAGACUGUCAAAGGUCUGAGCCUCAAACAGAGCACACACACACACACACACACGGUUUAUGAUUUUGUAUACUCUGUAUGUGUUCAGUAUUACAUUAUCAAUCACAGAUAUACAGAGGAUUUAGCAGAAGCAUAUUCUUUCCAUUAUGAUGAGAAAUGUGCUGUUACUGUAGUGUGAACAAAAACACAUUUAACUUUUCAAACGAGAGUGUGUUAAACAUCUGAACAGUGUCAGUGUUAACGGUCAUCUUCAGUGGGUCAACACGUUGCAUUAACUACAGAAUUGUUCCAUCUGUGGAUGUAACUGCAGUCAAUACAGCGUCUGUCAUACAGACAAGACUUCUUAGUUUCUUUUGCGACUGCGACGUCACAUUUUUUACUGAACAUGAAUAUUUGUGUAUCUGUUUUUCAACCAGAAUAUAAACGUUUGUAUUUAA